CAGCAGUUUACCUUAGCAACCAACAUUUUUUACGCCAGUGACGUUUCCCGUAUAUUGGCUGACCGGUGUCGUACAAUUUGCAGAAUCAUUAUGGCGUCUAUGGUGAGAGACACUGCGGGACUGUAUGAGGACUUGAAAACUGAAUGGGAUGAGAAAAAUCCGAAUUUGAACAAAUGUGGCGACAUUUUGAAUGAACUGAAGAUCUCUCUGCUGGAAUUAAAUUUUUUGCCAAUUUCGGGGACCAAGCUUACCAAACAGCAACUCAUAUUAGCACGUGAUGUUCUGGAGAUUGGCGCACUAUGGGGUAUCCUGAAGAAAGACAUCCCUUCCUUUGAGAGAUACAUGGCUCAACUGAAAUGCUAUUACUUUGACUACAAGGACGAACUGCCAGAGUCGGGCUCCAUGCACCAGCUGCUGGGCCUGAACCUGCUCUUCCUGCUCUCCCAAAACCGCGUGUCCGAGUUCCACACGGAGCUGGAGAGGCUGAGCGCCCGGGACAUCCAGAGCAACGUCUUCAUCCGGCACCCCGUGUCCCUGGAGCAGUACCUGAUGGAAGGCAGCUACAAUAAGGUGUUCCUGGCCAAGGGAAACAUCCCCGCGGAGAGCUACACCUUCUUCAUAGACAUUCUGCUGGACACCAUCCGGGAUGAGAUCGCGGGCUGCAUAGAGGAGGCCUACGAGCAGAUCCAGUUCAGCGAAGCCAUGCGCGUCCUCUUCUUCUCCUCCUCCAAGAGGAUGACCGACUACGCCAAGAAGAGGGGCUGGUCUCAGAGCGCUGAUGGCUGCUACUCCUUCAGCUCUCAGCAGCAGCAGCGCACAGACGACCUCUGCAUCCCCUCCAGCCAGCUGGCCCAGCAGGUCAUCGAGUACGCCCGGCAGCUGGAGAUGAUCGUGUAGCAGGGUGUGUGAUACACACACACACACACACACACACAUACAUACACACACUGACACAUACUUACACACACAUACACACACACAUACAUACACACACUGACACAUACUUACACACACAUACACACAUACUUACACACACACACACGCACACACUCACACACACACGCGCACACACAUGCUGAUGGACACGCCUGGGAAGGUACUUCUGCAUUGUCCAAAUGAUGCGGACUGAUUCUGUCAAAGGUUUCCUGUCAGUAAAAGUGUUUGUGACGCAGUUUAAAAAAAAACAAGACCAGGUCAAAACCUAGUAUAUGGCUGGACCUAACUCAAUGGUGUAACUUCAUAACUCAGCCGACCAAUGGUGUAACUUCAUCACACACUCAGUCACUCAGUCACGGACAUUCGCGUUUGUAGGGCUGGCCCUGCUGUUGUGGUCCAGCCAAAAACAAAAAAACGACCUACAAUCACCCCUGUUCUACAUGCUCUAUGAUUACAGCCAGAAAUCUUUCACGCUGAAGACCGGACCAUUCAGACACAGUGUGUGCUCUAAGCCCAGAUCGCCAUUGACUCCAUGUGAAAGAACGCAGUAGACAGUGCUGGUGUAAUACUUAAAUAUUUAUAUGCUGACUUACUAUUAUUUUCUUCUAUAAUAAAUAAUUAUUAUUAUUUAAAAAACGUACUCAUGUGUGACCAUAGCAGUUUGCAACACAGCUGUGCAGUCCUGACAGAUUUCCCUCUGGGUUAUUCAGGGAUUAUAGGGCCAAAAUAAGACUGACACGACGUUCGUUACCCUAAAGGGACCUUGGGGUCAUGUCUCCGCCAAUCACCACUGGCUUUGUUGUAUUUGCUUUUACCAACAUACCUUGUGAUUGGUGGGGCUCCUCUCCUGGCUCUGUCUGGAAGGCGGUAGCCACAGAGUGUUCCGUGGUGACGACACCAACACCCCGUCCCUACCCUGUGAUCCCUGUGGAUAGGCACUCUUUGCAUUUCCCCUUUUACAGUCAGCCGGGGAAGCCUGGUUUGCUGCUGCACUUGUAGUUCCACGUCAUUCACUCUAGAGCGUUGUUUGCAGAAUCACUCCAUUCCGAUGCCUUUACCUAGUCUCCUAGCAACUGGCAAAGUGAAUUGCUCUGACAGUUUAUUGUUUUUUUAUUUUAUUUUAUUUUUUUGCCACCUCACAAGAUAGGUACAACUUCAGUUGACCUGCUAUCAAUGUUUAUUUUUGGUGUUGUCACAACUGUAAUAUAACAUAUGAGAAUGAAAAUUAAAAAAACAAAAGUUUUUCUA